ACGAGUGAAACCGAGUUUCAUCGAGUGAACCCGAGUGAUGCGGAUCAGCUGACCGUGAGCCUCUGUCGUCCUUCCAUGGAUCAUUCCUGCUCAGGUUUGUGAAUAAAAGAACAGAUAAAUCCGCUUCUGGUUGAUCGGUUGGACCGUGAAAAGCAGACAUGCCGUCGCUUCUGUUCUGCGGGCCGAAGAUGGCUGCGUGCGGGAUCGUGAUCAGCAUCUGGGGGGUCAUCAUGCUGGGGAUGUUGGGAAUCUUCUUCAGCGCUAAGUCGGCGGUCCUGAUCGAAGACGUCCCGUUCACCGAGGAGGACAUCCGCAACGAUAAGAACCCCCCAGGGAAUAUCUACGGUCUCUACACCCAGGUCGGCAUCAACUGCUUCAUCGCCGCCGGCAUCUACGUGGCAGUCGGCGCCGUGUCGCUCUGCCAGGUCCGCCUCAACAAGCGGCAGGAGUACAUGGUCACAUAGACGACACGUCCUGUUACACAGCCAAUCAGCAGCCAGCUCGUUAAAAUCUGAGCGAUGUGAUUGGUUAACGAAAUGAAGAGUUAUUUAUUUUAAAUGUUUGUUGUUGUUGUUGUUGUUGUUGUUUGAGACAUUCCUGUGAGCGUCACUCAUGAUGCAUGACACAUUUAAAUGCAAAUAAAUCAAACGUAAAGGAGAAAUUAGAUCUAAUGAUUAUUAUCAUUAUAUUUUUGCCUAAACAGAUUUAUCAUUUUGUAUAUUUUCCAUCACUCGUUUAUUUUCUGUUGUUUUGUUGUUUACAGAGAAGGUGUACAUGUGUUGAUGCUCCUGCAGAUCAGACGUGUUUCAUGUGAAGAACUGGUGGUUGUGGAUUAUCCUGCAAUAAAGUGUGUAAAAAAUA